GGAAAUCCAAUAGUGAGCCCUUUAACGAUUUUUAAACCUCUGAGCUCCCGCUUUCCAUGGCAUCUCUUUCAUUCAUUAUUUUCUUCCAUAGCCAUUCCCUUCUUUGGGGUCAAAGCUGACGCGUUUUCUUCAACAAUUUUCUUUGAAUUCAUCUAUUCAGUCAGCACAAGACCCCCAAAAUCGGAUUUAUACAUUGCUAUCUGAAAUUUUGUCAUCCAAUUUGCUUCAUGUUAUCCUUUGUGAGAACCUUCUUUUAUCUUUCUACAGCCUUAUUAUUACCCAAAUUUGAAUUUUCUUAGUAACCUUGAUAGUGGGUUGUUAUCAAUUUUUUUUUGUACAUGAAAAUCAUGGCGACUUUGAAAUCUGGGGUUCUUGUGAAGUUUCUUGAAGACAUGAAAAUUGGGGUUAAUGCGUCCGAGUUGGAGGAAAAUGGAAAAACCAUAUUGUUGCAAAUUAGAAGCAUUGUUCCUGUUCUUGAAGAAGGUGAUCUUUGGCCUAACAGAGGAUUUUACCUAAAAGUUUCAGAUAUUUCUCAUGCAAUGUAUGUUUCUUUGCCUGAAGAGCAAAAUGAGAUGAUUCUUGCAAACCAAUUGAAAUUGGGUCAAUUCAUUUAUGUACAGAAAUUGGAGGAUGCUCAUCCUUUUCCGUUGAUUAGAGGUGUAACGCCUCUACCUGGUAGGCGCCCGUGUGAGGGAGCCCCUCAAGAUAUUGAUUCAGUUGCGAAUGUAAUGAACAUUCUUCAGGCAUCUAAUUCUGAUUGUAUUGUUGAAAAAACUGUUAUUUCUGAGAAUAGGAUUAUUGAAAUCCCAUCCAAUGCUGGAAAGUUGUCUAGGGGAUUAUCCGAUCCUGAUGGGUUGAAGAACAAAAAUGAUCAUUUGGAAAGAAAAUCUAAAGGAAAAUUUCGGUCUUUGAGUGCUUCAAAAGUUCGUUCAGGCGAAAGGACGGUGGGCUUGGAUUGCACUGCUAAAAGAUCUGACAGUGAGAAGAGAAAUUCUCAUCUUUUUAAGGAACUACAAAAGAGAAAAAAAAGAUCUUUUGAUAUUGAUAGUGAUACAGAAAGCAUAUUGUCAUUGCUCUCAUUUUCGUCUCAUAAUUCAAAGAGAAGAAGUUGGAAUGAGUCAGAGAUUUUGGAAGUUAAAGAAAUCUUCGAUUCUUCAGUUGUCAAGCACGAUAAGAGACCACCUCGUAGUCGCAGUCCAACUGUUUCAUCAGUUCGUUCUGUAAGGUAUGAUAGCUCCGAUGACAAUUCAAGUUCAAUAGCAAGAAGAAGAGAAGUUGGCUCUGCAAAGAAAAUGAAGAGUUCCACUAAGGACAAAACUUCUUUCUCCAAAAUAAAUUGUGAGCAAGCCUCACAUCCAAUUGACCGCUUAGCUAAUGACAGGCAAGGGGCAGAAACUGGUAUAUCAUGGGACUCACUGCCCUCAAGCUUGGUGAAGCUUGGAAAGGAGGUUGUAAAGCAAAGAGACACUGCUCUGAUUGCAGCUACUGAUGCUUUGCAAGAAGCAUGUGCAGCUGAGAGGUUGCUCAAUUCCUUGAGCAAGUUCUCAGAGUUCCAUCUAGCUGAACAAGAUGAUCUCCAGCCUCAUGUUGAUAAAUUUUUUGAUCUUCAAGAUGACAUGGCUCAGACACGAUUAAUAUUGCAGUCACUUACAAAUAUAACUCCACUUAGAACUUCAGGAGAAGCUGAUCAUUCAACUUAUAACACCAGUUCAGUUAAGGAAGCAUUGACCAUUGCAGUCCAGAGAAAGAAAAACUCAUCUAUGUGGAUAAAAUCUGCUGUUGCUCUUGAUCUUUCACCAUGCUCCACCACUCUCAAUCCAAUCCAUAACACUAUGGCUGUCACCAAUACACCGAAGAAGUCAAGCAUAUCAAAUCGAAGUACCAAACCCAAAGGGUCAUAUAUUGUCAAAUCACAUAAGAACACUGAUGAGAUUCCCUUCUUGUCGGCUGACAAAGAUGAGCAACCUGAAUGGACUAGGGGAAGCACAAUGCCUACAGCCACUGUCCUAGCUUCUUCGUUGCAGAACGAGUGUAGAAAAUUGUUUUUGGGACAUGUAGAGAAGUACCUAGAUGAGGUUGAAAUAAAAGCCUCUUCAAUGGCAGUAGAUAGUCAAAUAGCAGGAAUGAUGUAUAAGGUGAAGAGAGUCAAUGAUUGGUUAGAUGUGAUAAUCAACAAGGAAGCGAAUGCUCGAAAGGAUGGGAGCUUGGAUGACUCAGAAAUUGAAGUUUGUCAAAGGGUAAGGAACAAAAUAUAUGGGAUCUUACUGAAGCAUGUUGAGAGAACUGCUAUGUCUUUUGGAAGUAGCAGUUGAAUGCCGGGUGAUAUCAAAUUUGAAAACUGUAUAUUGAAGCCACAAAAUUUAGAUACAAGUACAGUAAUUGCUAUGUAUAAAACAUGAGAGUGAAAAUGUAUACAUGCAUAGAUCUUCUCUAAGAGAUGAUUUGUGCAUCAUUUUUUCAUUUUUUUCAUUUCCACUCUCCUGAAUACUUAUAUUGCUUAGUGUAUCUUAACAUUGUUGUUUGCACAGACAUCUUGUAAAUAUAACUUCACGUAAAUGUGCAAUACAGAUACCGAUUGGUCCA